GCUUUAACUCUAACCCAAUUAGGAGUGUUUCUUCUUCAGAAAGAACUACCACCCCUGUUCCUCAAUUUCAUCCUCCAACCAAUUCUCGGUCCAGAAUCUCGAUAAAACCUAGAUAUCGAUCAAACCCACCUCGAUUCAAUCAAUAUAAUGGAUUUUUUCAGGUCUCAAGACGAAGAAAUCGCUCUGAAUGCAAUCAAGCACGCUGUGAAGGCUCUUCGGAAGCGGCACUUGCUCGAAGAGAGCGCUCAUGCCCCAGCUCUCAUCGCUCUCUACAAGCCUCUGGCUUAUCAGGGCUCAGUAUGGAAAGAGAAGGCAGAAAAUCUUGAAGUCGAACUUCAACAUUGUUACAAAGCUCAAGCUCAAUUAUCUGAACAGCUUGUGGCGGAAGUGGCCGAAUCCAGAGCUUCAAAAGCUUCAGUUCAACAGAGAGAAGCCACAAUCUUGGAUGUGCAGAAUGAGCUCACAAAAGCAAGGGAUGAAUGCUCUCAUUUAACUGAGCUAUUAGAAGAAAAGAAUAAAGCAUUAGAAUUAGUCAUAAGUGAGAACGAGGAACUGAAAACUCAGUUGGAGGAGAUCACUGCGAGAGCUAAGAAUGCUGAGGGUGAAAAUAAGACAUUCAUUGAUCGUUGGAUGCUGGAAAAAAUGCGGGAUGCUGAACGCCUUAAUGAGGCUAAUGCACUUUACGAAGACAUGCUCGGUCAACUCAAGGCGAGAGGAAUAGAACAACUUGCAAGGCAGCAAGUCGAUGGUGUGGUCCGCCGAAGUGAAGAAGGGGCCGAAUACUAUGCAGAGUCUGCUGUCCCCACUGUAUCCAAGCACCAUAUACAUGCACAUGAAGGUGGAUGUGCUGCCAUAGUUUUUGAAAACAGUUCCGGUACAUUGGCUAGUGGCGGACAAGACAAGACCAUCAAAAUCUGGGAUACAGACACUGGAUCCCUUAGACGCACUCUUUGUGGUUGUCUAGGCUCUAUUCUUGAUCUUGCCAUUACGAAUGAUAACAGCUCAAUAAUCGCCGCUAGCAGUUCAAACAAUUUGUACAUUUGGGAUGCAGAUUCUGGUAGGAUGAAUCAUACACUAAAAGGUCAUAAAGAUAAAGUGUGUGCUGUAGACACGAGCAAAGUCUCCCGUUUCCAUGUAGUAAGUGCAGCUUAUGAUCGCACAAUAAAAGUUUGGGAUCUACAUAAAGGUAAAUGCAUCAACACGAUAAUUUUCCAUAGCAAUUGCAAUGCUAUUUGUUUCAGCAUCGAUGGACAGACGAUUUGCUCGGGUCACGUGGACGGUAGUCUUCGGUUGUGGAAUAUGCAGACAGGAAAGCUACUCAGCGAAGUUGCUGCACAUUCGCUUGCUGUGACUUCAAUAUCUCUUUCUAGAAGUGGCAAUGUGAUAUUGACUAGCGGGAGAGACGGGUUGCACAAUUUGUUCGACGUGCGAUCUCUGGAGGUUUGUAGCACACUUAAAGCUAGUGGAUAUAAAAUGGCAUCUAAUUGGAGCCGGUCCUGUAUCAGUCCAGAUGAAAACUACGUUGCUGCUGGAUCUGCUGACGGGUCUGUCUAUAUUUGGUCUGUAUCAAAAGCUAGUAUAGUCAGCACUCUUAAGGAACACACUGCUUCUGUUUUAUGUUGUUCAUGGGGUGGUGUUGGAAAACCUCUUGCUUCCUCUGAUAAAAAUGGAAUUAUUUGUACGUGGACAUGAUUGAUGUCAUGGUUAGCAUCGUUCUCAGGUUUUAUUGCCUUGUCAUGUAUAUUUAGCACGUUCUCGGGUUUUAUUGCCUUGUCAUGUAAAUUUAGCAUUCUAGUCUCAGACAAGCCUUUUUCUGCGAAGUUGGAUCAGUUCAGCCAUCACAGCUGUUGUUUA